CAAACUAACGAAGCUUCACUUCACUGUUUCAUUUUCACUCAUAUAGUGUGUUCCACAAGACUAGGACCCACAACUCCAUUAAAAUAGACUUUUCAAGCUUCCAAUUUUCCACUUUCUGUUUCAUACAUUGACAUUCUUUCUCUCUCUCUCUCUUCCCAUAUUAACGCACCAAAAAAACCUCCCAAUUUCUGCUCUUUUUUAGCAAGAUUUUUCUCUCAUCGUCGUUGAAUUUGGCGCCAAAAUUCAAUUGAUUUAGUGCUAUCACAUCCAGGCCCGGCGUGCGGCUGUGGUUGCGUGAGUCAAGUGGAGGCCCGGCGUGCCGCAGCCGCUACCGGUACCGCCCUUGGUUUGCCUUGUCUGUCCUAUAGCCGCUUAUCAAUUGGACAGCAUAUGAGGAAACCUGAAUAGGUUCUUUUGUUCCUAUAUAUGGUCUACAAUGAAGCUGCAAUCUUCCUGUCUUCUAAUAUGGGGAAAGUGUGCAGUCAUGCAGCUUUGGGUUCUGCUUAUACUCCUAUUUUUCACGGCAAAAGGAGUAUACUCGACUUCAAAUUAUUUAGUUGGGCUGGGGAGUUAUGACAUCACUGGACCAGCCGCUGAUGUGAACAUGAUGGGAUAUGCAAAUACAGAACAAAUUGCAUCAGGGGUUCAUUUUAGAUUGCGCGCUCGGGCAUUUAUAGUGGCAGAGCCACAAGGAAAUCGUGUAGUUUUUGUGAAUCUUGAUGCUUGUAUGGCCUCGCAACUUGUAAGAAUCAAAGUGCUUGAGAGGUUGAAAUCAAGGUAUGGGAAUCUGUACACUGAAAACAAUGUUGCUAUCAGUGGCAUUCAUACACAUGCUGGUCCUGGGGGUUAUCUGCAAUAUGUUGUAUAUAUUGUUACUUCUCUUGGAUUUGUGCGCCAAUCUUUUGAUGCUCUUGUUGAUGGCAUUGAGCAAAGUAUUAUAAUAGCCCAUGGAAAUCUGAGGCCUGGUUCAAUAUUUGUGAACAAAGGAGAGAUACUUGAUGCUGGUGUCAGUCGCAGUCCUAGUGCUUAUUUAAACAAUCCUUCCGAAGAACGCGCCAAGUACAAGUAUGAUGUUGAUAAGGAGAUGACCCUUCUAAAGUUUGUGGACAAUGAAUGGGGGCCAAUUGGCAGUUUUAACUGGUUUGCGACUCACGGGACAUCCAUGAGUCGUACAAAUUCAUUGAUAAGCGGGGAUAACAAGGGUGCUGCUGCACGAUUUAUGGAAGACUGGUUUGAUGGGAAAGAUGGUGGAAAUGUUUAUUCUGAUGAAUCUCAUACAGGAUCCAUGGAAAGAAUUCCCAGGCGCAUUUCCAAUAUCAUUCCUGAACAUAACGAUAGGCAUCGUGAAUUACUGGAUCUUGCUGCUUCCUUUCAGGCUUCUUCUAGAAGAGAAGUUACCAAAUAUCUGAGCAUUUCUAGUCGUGUGAGAAGUGAUCUUCGACAGGGGGUUAAACCUAAAUUUGUCGCUGCAUUUUGUCAAUCAAACUGUGGUGAUGUUAGUCCUAAUGUUCUUGGUGCAUUUUGCACUGACACUGGCCUUCCUUGUGACUUCAAUCAUAGUACAUGUGGUGGGAAGAAUGAGCUAUGUUAUGGACGAGGACCAGGAUACCCUGAUGAAUUUGAGAGCACACGUAUUAUUGGGGAAAGACAGUUCAGGAAAGCUGUUGAUCUAUUUAAAGCAGCCUCUGAACAGAUAAAAGGGAAGAUUGAUUUUCGCCAUGCUUAUGUGGACUUCUCUAAACUUGAGGUGACAAUCCCUAAAGAAGGAGGUAGCUCUGUCGUUAAAACAUGUCCAGCUGCUAUGGGAUUUGCCUUUGCUGCUGGUACUACUGAUGGACCAGGAGCUUUUGAUUUUAAGCAGGGAGAUGACAAGGGAAACCCCUUCUGGAAAGUUGUGCGCAAUGUACUGAAGACACCGGGAAAAGAGCAGGUCGAUUGUCAUCAACCAAAACCUAUCCUACUUGAUACUGGUGAAAUGAAGUUGCCAUAUGAUUGGGCGCCUGCAAUACUCCCAGUCCAGAUCUUGCGAAUUGGGCAGCUGGUUAUCCUAAGUGUACCUUCAGAGUUCACAACAAUGGCUGGUAGGCGUCUCCGAGAUGCUGUGAAGACGGUCCUUGCAAGUGCAUCUAAUCAAGAAUUCAAUGGUGGACUUCAUGUUGUUAUAGCAGGAUUGACAAAUACUUAUUCACAGUAUGUUACCACCUAUGAGGAAUACCAGGUCCAAAGAUACGAGGGUGCAUCUACUCUAUACGGUCCGCACACACUAAGUGCCUUCAUCCAAGAAUUCACAAAGCUUGCUGGAGCCCUCAUCCAUGGCCAUGGUGUCGAACCAGGCCCUCAGCCACCAGAUCUCCUCAACAAGCAAUUAAGCUUUCUCACUCCGGUCAUCAUCGAUAUGGCUCCCCUUGGUUCAAACUUUGGAGAAUGCAGCACGGAUGUUCCCAGGAAUGCAACGUAUAAGCGAGGUGAUAUGGUGAGUGUUGUCUUCUGGUCAGCCUGCCCAAGAAAUGAUCUCUUGACUGAAGGUACAUUUGCUUUGGUGGAGAUGCUCCGUGGGAAGGACAGUUGGGAACCAGCCUAUGAUGAUGAUGACUUCUGUCUCCGUUUCAAGUGGUCCAGGCCUGGAAAACUCAGCGCCCGGAGUCAGGCCACAAUCGAAUGGAGGAUCCCACAAGGCGCGCAGGCAGGUGUAUAUAGAAUACGGCAUUUUGGUGCUGCCAAGGGCCUUUUUGGAUCAGUUCACCACUUCGAGGGUGCAUGCAGUGCGUUUGUGGUAGCAUGAGGUUCUAGGUAUUUGUACAUGUAGUGCAUUUUUCUGGACAUCACAAGUAAAAUUUGCAUAGUGAAGUGCUCUAGGCCUGUAGCCAAAGAGUCUUCUUGCCUCCGGUUGAUCAUGAGGGGUAUCGUAAGUUUGUAUGGUUUAUAUUAUUUCUACAAAUAACACUGAACUGCCUACGCUAUUCGCCAUGGUAUGAAUACUGAUGAUGAAUAAUGGAAAGCAGAUGUCAAUGUCAUCCUCUCUUAUUCUGAA